AGGAACCUAGAUCUUGGAUUGAGGCAAAAAAUUAACAAAUUUUUUUUUUUUUUUUUUGGGUUUUGGUUAUUUGAUGGUGAUGAAAAAUUGAUUGAUGAAGAUGAAGAAGGCAAGGCAAGGCAACCGUUGGGUUCUUGCAGGUGCUGGUUCCAAAUCAAACCCAGCAAGCGCUGGAAAUCGAACCAAGCAGGUGCUGGGUUCUGUUUCAAACCUAGCAACUGUUGGGUUCCUGCAGGUGCUAGGUCGGUGGAACCCAGCGGCUACUAAGUUCGAGCAGCCACUAUGUCCCUGCAGGUGCUUGGUUCCGUUUCGAACCUAGCAACCAUUGGGUUGAUGGAUCUGUUGAGUUCAAUACGUUCAUCGAUUUGUUGUCUUUUGUGCUAUCCUCGGAUUCUUGCAGGUGCUAGGUUUCAUCCAAGUGUUGGAUUCUAUUUCGAACCCAAUUGCUGUUGGGUCAAAGGAUCUAUUGAGUUCAAUAUUGUCAUAACUCAAAUUUUUAAUAGGAUUUUAUUUUAGUUUUAUUUUAUUUUAUUUUAUUUUAACUAAUAUGUUUUUAUCUUUGUUUUCCUUGUUAGAUUCAUGAGUAAAAGGGGGAUUUUUUUUUUUUUUUAGAAAGGGUUCUCUUUUGGUUGGGGGUUCUCUUUUGGAGGGUUUUUCUUUUCGAGAGAAGUUCUCUUGGUUUGAGUUUGGGGUGUUGCUGGAAACAACAAUUAGAAGAGGAGGAUCGUUGAGCUUCCAGAAUUCACCGAGCAAGAUUGUGCAUUUUUUUGGGUUCUCAUCUUAGGUAUUUUCCUGCAACAGAAGAGUCAUUUUGGGAGGCAGUGAAGGGGAUGAUCUGGACUUGAUCUCGUGGGAGGGAUCCGCCAGAUCGAACUCCAAACUGUUACCCAGAAAACUCUGCCGUGUUUGUUUCUUUUUUUCUCCUGUUUGUGUUAUCUGCCUUCAUGAUGUUAAGUUUGUAUAUGUUUAUCUGAAAAUGAAUGAGAAUCUAAGUUUAACUAAGUUAUUGUGUUUUGAUGAAUUUACUCUUUCUUUGCUGAUUGGCGAAUGUGAUUUUCUCAUGACAAAUGUGUUCUUUCUUUUCUUUUAAGAGUGAUGAACUUUAAUUGCAAGUUUCCUUCCCCAUGUUUGAUCUGUUUUGGUUUAUUUUGAGUAGUGGAUCGUGUUUUUGGCUUGGAUAAACCCGAUCCAAUCAA